AUGCAAACGUCAAACCAAGGCAGGCCCUAUCGCUCACAUCUUAAACCCGCCUGCCAUGCCUGUCGUCGCCGUAAGUCUCGUUGUACAACAACGGAAUCUUCUGCUGCGUGUUUGAUGUGUCAAGUCCAUGGUUCACCAUGUGUCUUUGUCGACGACGAUCAGACACGGCGACGAAAGGUGCCUCCUCCGCGAGGUCGUGCUAUAGGCCAUGCGGAUGACACUGAGAACAAUAUCGACCAACCCGAUUAUUCUACGUCGCUGUCAAUCUCUCAGCCAACUCAUGUUUCCGACACUGCUUUGCUCCAAGAUCGGGCUCAUCAGCGAAUUCCAGUAGCACUGGUAGACCCAGCUAGUCAGCGCUCUUCAACCGUAUCUCGACCGAGUGAGGAAGCCAGUAUGAGUGCCAUGCUCGCAGCAUCGGGCGACUCCAGUCCGCAUAUUAUCAGUCCUGCGAUGGUCGACGAUAACCAAGAGCUCGAUAGCUAUCUUUCAAAUGGUUCGGCUGUUGGGAUCCGCAAGAUCACACGAGCUUCGUCGACCAACGCAAGUAUGGGCUCACCUUCGAGACAUGUCCUGUUCAACACUGUUCUGAGGAAACCGCUCGGCAUCCAGGCUAGGCAAUCUGUAGCCGAUGGCAAGCUCGAAGUAAUCGAGAAGCUGCUCGAGCCACACUUGGUGGACUUGGUUGAUCUGUUCUUUGAACACGCCAAUGUUUGCUUUCCCAUACUAGAUGAGAUCUCAUUUCGACGUACGUACUCUGAGCACAAAGAUCGGCUCUCUGCCGCUCUGCUAGCCAAUCUGUAUGCAAAUGCAAUGACUUAUUGGAACAACUCACCACGACUGCGCCCCUGCCAUUCCCCAGACCACCGCUACCUAUGGGUGCAAGCCAAUGAGGCCCUCCACUCGGAGCUUUUUCUAUCUCCUGGUAUCUCAACUGUCAUAUCUAUCAUACUGAACGUCCAUGGUAGACCAAGCACUUCCAUGUUUGGCAACGGAGGGAUGGUGGGAACGGCUGUGGCCCUUUCAAACUCUCUGGGUCUCAAUCGGGAUUGUUCAGCGUGGGAUAUCAGUCCUGGAGAAAAAGCUUUGCGCUCCCGAAUUUGGUCGACCGUUGUGCUUAUGGACCGAUGGACAAGUCUCGCCUAUGGCACACCACUAUUAGUCCACCGCACCCAAUACGAUGUCCCUGUACCAAGCACAGAGUUGCUCGCAUACUAUCCUGUAUCGAGUAUACAGCUCGCUGGUCUGUCUGUUUUCACCGCCCUCUUGACACUCACAGAUGUCUUGUCGCAGUAUCUCGAGCACAUGUACCGAAUUUCAAGAUCUGCUGCCAAUGAUCGGUCACCAACAUCGCCCUUCAAUCUCGAAUCGCUCCUGCUAGAUUGGGAAGAUACUUUGCCAGAUGACAUACGUCGACUUGUGAUUCGAGGAAACGAUCUCGGUCGUGCGGGAGCAGGCAACCUCAGACUUUCCUACCUCGCAGUCAAGCUUUUACUCCGCCGUAUCUUGCGCGAUGCGACCAAUCUGCCACCAGACCAUGAGAGCGUUGUUCAAGCUCGCAUUCAAACGCAGAGAGUCGCCGAGGAGAUAGUGUUGCAUGUGCAGGAACUGCAACGUCCUCACCUCAGGGGUUUUUGGAUGCCGACGAACGGCUUCACUCUUACUUCGGCGACCUUGUUCCUGCUAAGAGACGCGCUGAAAGUUACCAACAGGACCAGUAAUACAUCGCUCAAACUGGCCAAAGACAUGAUAGCAGGUCUCCAAACUCAUCGCAAUAAUGAAGCUUGGGAUCUAGCAGACGAUUGCCUGGCAAAUUGUACAGACAUGACUGACAUAAUUACGGCUCGGAUGAAUCGUGAAUCACCUGGGAUCACUGAUGCUCAGACUCAUCUCGACAACGAUUUCCUCAUGUUUAACGACGUAACUUUGAGCUAUCCCAGUGCGUUUGACUUUGAUCUCGAGGACUUUCAACUAGACGAAAGUACAUACCAAUGA